AUGUCGAGAUCCAGAAACUCAAUGGCCUUUGGCUUCGGCCUCCUGGCCUGGAUGGUUCUCCUCUUCACCCCCCUGGCUUUCGUCCAGACCGCUCAGGCUCAGGACACUGAGGACUACGGUACUGUCAUCGGUAUUGAUCUUGGAACCACAUACUCUUGCGUCGGUGUGAUGCAGAAGGGCAAGGUCGAGAUUCUCGUCAACGAUCAGGGUAACCGUAUCACUCCGUCCUACGUCGCCUUCACCGAGGAGGAGAGACUCGUCGGUGACGCCGCCAAGAACCAGGCCGCGGCCAACCCCCAGAACACCAUCUUUGACAUCAAGCGAUUGAUUGGCCAGAAGUUCUCCGACAAGAGCGUCCAGUCCGACAUCAAGCACUUCCCCUACAAGGUCAUCGAGAAGGAUGGAAAGCCCAUCGUCGAGGUCCAGGUCGCCGGCUCCCCCAAGCGUUUCACCCCCGAAGAGGUUUCCGCCAUGAUCUUGGGCAAGAUGAAGGAGGUUGCCGAGAGCUACCUUGGCAAGAAGGUCACCCACGCCGUCGUUACCGUUCCCGCCUACUUCAACGACAACCAGCGCCAGGCCACCAAGGAUGCCGGUAUUAUUGCCGGUCUCAACGUCCUCCGCAUUGUCAACGAGCCCACUGCCGCCGCUAUUGCCUACGGUCUUGACAAGACUGACGGUGAGCGCCAGAUCAUUGUCUACGACCUUGGUGGUGGUACCUUCGAUGUCUCCCUGCUCUCCAUUGACCACGGUGUCUUCGAGGUCUUGGCUACUGCCGGUGACACCCACUUGGGUGGUGAGGAUUUCGACCAGCGCAUCAUCAACUACUUCGCCAAGUCCUACAACAAGAAGAACAGCGUCGACAUUACCAAGGACCUCAAGGCCAUGGGUAAGCUCAAGCGUGAGGCCGAGAAGGCCAAGCGUACCCUCUCCUCCCAGAUGUCCACUCGCAUUGAGAUCGAGGCCUUCUUCGAGGGCAAGGACUUCUCCGAGACUCUUACCCGCGCCAAGUUUGAGGAGCUCAACAUGGACCUCUUCAAGAAGACCAUGAAACCCGUCGAGCAGGUGCUCAAGGACGCGAAGGUCAAGAAGGAGGACGUUGACGACAUCGUUCUCGUUGGUGGCUCUACCCGUAUCCCCAAGGUUGUUAGCCUUAUUGAGGAGUACUUUGGUGGAAAGAAGGCUUCCAAGGGCAUCAACCCCGAUGAGGCUGUCGCUUUCGGUGCCGCCGUUCAGGGUGGUGUCCUUUCCAACGAGGUCGGCGCCGAGGACAUUGUUCUCAUGGACGUCAACCCCCUGACGCUCGGUAUCGAGACUACCGGAGGUGUCAUGACCAAGCUGAUCCAGCGCAACACCCCUAUCCCUACCCGCAAGAGCCAGAUCUUCUCCACCGCCGCCGACAACCAGCCCGUCGUCCUUAUCCAGGUCUUUGAGGGUGAGCGUUCUCUUACCAAGGACAACAACCAGCUUGGAAAGUUCGAGCUCACUGGCAUCCCCCCCGCGCCCCGUGGUGUUCCCCAGAUCGAGGUUUCCUUCGAGCUCGACGCCAACGGUAUUCUCAAGGUCUCUGCCCACGACAAGGGCACUGGCAAGCAGGAGUCCAUCACCAUCACCAACGACAAGGGCCGUCUCACCCAGGAGGAGAUCGACCGCAUGGUCGCCGAGGCUGAGAAGUACGCCGAGGAGGACAAGGCUACCCGUGAGCGCAUUGAAGCUCGCAACGGACUCGAGAACUACGCCUUCUCCCUGAAGAACCAGGUCAACGACGACGAGGGUCUCGGCGGCAAGAUUGACGACGAGGACAAGGAGACUAUUCUCGAGGCUGUCAAGGAGACCACCAGCUGGCUCGAGGAGAACAGCGGCACCGCCACUACCGAGGACUUCGAGGAGCAGAAGGAGAAGCUGUCCAACGUCGCCUACCCCAUCACUUCCAAGAUGUACCAGGGCGCUGGUGGUGCUGGCGGUGAUGAUGAGCCCCCCAGCCACGACGAGCUCUAA